AUGGGAAUUCGGACGGAGGCGAUCACGCAUCUUGCGAAGACUCGGGAGAUGGGCGACCACGGGAGAGCUGCUCAGCACUUGCGGCAGGUCGUGGAGUCGCUCAAGAGAACAGCGCAGGUUGGCGACGUAGGGCGUAGCACGCUGGAGGAAAAAACCUCCCUCAAGCAGUGCCCACCAACAAUAUUGUUUUACCUGAUACGCUUCGAGCACGUGAGGUCCGGCGGUACGUUCGUCGAGAGAAAACUCUCUCACCAUGUCGACGUUCCCAAAUCGAUCGACAUAGCGCCCUACACCCGCCCGCCUGCCAGCAGCGCCGGAGACCCACAGUCGGAGCGGUACGACCUCACCGGUGUCGUUCACCACGAGGGCGAAACGACGAAGACCGGACACUACACUGCCUUCGUCCACCUAGCUGGAGAGGAGUGGCGUCGAUACGACGACAGCAAAGUCACCAAAGUCGGUUACGAAGACGUGUUGACCGAGAAUGCCUUGAUUCUCACCUACACUCGCCGAUCAGGCUAG